CAAAUUAUAAUAUUGUGAGAUUUAUUACAAAACGAAAACAAUGAAUAAAUAAAUCAACAAUUUAUUUAUUUAUUUUUUAAAAAUGAGUCAAACGGUGACGUCUCUGAAUUUGGCGGGUUUUCUCCUGCUGUGCGGCGGCUGUUUGCCCACGUGUUUUUCCUCGAGGAAUUGCGAGGGAAACACCUUCACGCUGAACGUGGUGCUGCUGGAAGACGGGGAAUCGCCCUGGAGUUUGGAGAAAGUGAAGCCGGCGAUCGAGGCUGCCAUGGCGGUCGUCGAGCAAGACCUCAACACCGUCCGACCAGGUCUGAAGGUGACAUUGCGAGCUACAUAUUACGGGUUCAACACGUCCCUCUAUCUGACGAAGGGCUGCGCUACCAGCACGUGCGAAGGAGUAGAGGUCUUGAAGAAACUCUAUUAUGAAGGCACCAUGGGCUGUGCCAUUCUCGGACCCACGUGUACCUACGCCACCUUCCAGAUGGUUUCUUUGGAGACCAUCCUGGGUCUGCCCAUGAUCUCGGCCGGCAGCUUCGGGCUGUCCUGUGAUUUCAAGUCCAAUCUGACCCGGAUCCUGCCUCCGGCGAGGAAGCUGUCCAACUUCUUCAUCGAGUUCUGGAGCUUGAAAGGGCUUCCCACGAAACCACACCGCUGGGAGACCACCUACAUCUACAAGAAGGGGGUCAACACCGAGGACUGCUUUUGGUAUGUCAAUGCGCUGGAGGCAGGCUCUGCUCAGUUUUCACAGAAUCUCACCUUCAAAGAAAUUCUCAGAGUUCCCGAGGACCUCACAAAAAUUGUCACCGACCCCAGGCGUAAAAGCAACGUGAUUAUAAUGUGUGGGAGCCCCGAGGAUGUCGAGAGUGUUUUGGGAAGAAGCACAGUUGAUGAUAACAUCGUCAUAAUCCUGAUAGACAUUUUCAAUCACAUCUAUCACACCAACACGACUGUGAAAGAGUACAUGAGAAAUGUUCUGGUUCUGACCAUGACACCACCAGAAAAGAACCGGACCAGUGUACUCAACACCACCAUGCUGCAGAAUGAUUUUGUCACGGGAUACGCGGACGGAGUCCUCCUGUUCGGACACGUCCUGAGAAAGAGCCUGGAAAUGAAGGAGGGGCGGAAAUUGUCCUUCCAAAACGUCGAUUUCCAAGCGCUCAGCGGGCAUGUCAUUCUUGAUGAGUACGGAGACAGAGAUGUCAACUUCACAGUCAUGUAUUUCUCAACAAAGGACCAGACAUACAAAACCCUCUACGAAUUCAACACAGCCACUAAUGAAACCACGGAAAUCGACAGACAGCCCAGCUUUAUUUGGAAAGGGAGUCUUCCAAACGACACCCCAGACAGUGGAAUCGACACUCUGACCAUAGCUGUCAUCUCCUUGACUGUGGCUAUAGUUGUCGUCCUUUUCAUAUCUCUCGCUGUUCUGAGACAGUACAGGAAGGAGCAUCGCUUCCAUCUCAAGAAAUGGACUCACAUCCCCCCCGACAAAAUCACCCCACUGGAAAACCAGGACAAGAACACCAUCAGCCUAAAGAUUGAUGAAGACCACCGGAAAGAUAGAGUGGAUCAGAUCCGAAGAGGCCGAUACGACAAAAAGAUUGUCAUCUUAAAAGAACUUAAUUCUGACGGCAACUUUACCGAGAAACAGAAGAUAGAUUUAAACAAGCUCCUGCAGAUUGACUAUUACAACCUGACCAAGUUCUACGGCACAGUGAAGUUCGAUUAUGGGCUGUUCAGUGUUUUUGAGUACUGCGAGAGAGGCUCCCUCAGGUAUGUGCUCAAUGAUAAAAUCUCGUAUCCUGACGAUACUUUUAUGGACUGGGAGUUUAAGAUCUCUGUCAUGUACGACAUCGCUAAGGGCAUGUCAUACCUGCACUCCAGUAAAACAGAGAUCCACGGGAGACUGAAGUCCACGAACUGCGUGGUGGACAGUCGCAUGGUGGUGAAGAUCACUGACUUCGGCUGCAGCAGCAUUACACCCCCCCUGCAAGAAAGUAGAUCUGUCCCUACCGCUCCAGAGCUGCUUCGACAGGCUGGUUUCUCUCAGAAGGGAGACGUGUUCAGCUACGGGAUCAUCGCCCAGGAAAUCAUCCAGAGAAGAGAGACGUUUUACACAGAGAGCUGCACUCUCCACCCCGAGAAGCUGCACAGAGUUCAGUACCCAAAGGACGCAGCCAGCGUUUUCAGACCGGAUCUGAACUUCGAAACUGCAGAAGAAAGCGAGCUGGAGGUUUACCUCCUCGUGAAAAGCUGCUGGGACGAGGACCCCGAGAAGAGACCAGAUUUUAAGAAGAUUGAGAACUCACUGGGCAAGAUAUUCAGUAAUCUGCACAGUGAGGUUGAUGAGAGCUACAUGGAUAAUCUGAUUCGUCGGCUGCAGAUGUAUUCCCGGAACCUGGAGAGGCUGGUGGAGGAGCGGACCUGUCUGUACAAAACAGAGCGAGACCGGGCCGACCGACUCAACUGCAUGCUGCUGCCGCGUCCGGUGGUGAAGUCCCUGAAGGAGACGGGCAGGGUGCAGCCCGAGUUGUUCCAGGAGGUGACCGUGUACUUCAGUGACAUCGUGGGCUUCACCACGCUGUGCCAAUACAGCACCCCCAUGGAGGUGGUGGACAUGCUGAACGACAUCUACAAGAACUUCGACAAGGUGCUGGACCACCACGAUGUGUACAAGGUGGAGACGAUUGGGGAUGCCUACAUGGUGGCGUCCGGGCUCCCCCGCAGAAACGGAAACCGCCACGCCGUCGAUAUCUCUCUCAUGGCUCUCGAUAUCCUGAGCUUCAUGGGAACCUUCCAGCUGAGACACCUUCCAGGACUUCCCAUCUGGAUACGCAUCGGGAUUCACUCCGGUCCCUGUGCCGCGGGGGUGGUUGGUAUAAAGAUGCCUCGUUACUGUCUGUUUGGAGACACAGUGAACACAGCGUCCCGCAUGGAGUCUACAGGACUGCCUCUGCGAAUUCAUGUGAGCCAGCCGACCAUAGACAUCCUUCAGAGGACAGAUUGCCAGUUUGAGUACGAGACGAGAGGAGAGACCUACCUGAAGGGUAAAGGCACGGAGAUCACGUACUGGCUGACAGGAGUCAAGGACCAAAACUAUACCCUCCCCACCCCGCCCACUGCGGAGAGUUUCCAGCGCCUCCAGGCUGACUUCGCUGAGCUGAUCAGAGCCUCCCUGGAGCUGCGCUCGAGCGAGACUGGGGGGCACCCCCCCCUGCACAGGAAACACAGCAGCCUGGGGGGGGGGCAGCUGGAAUACCUGCAACUCGCCAGCACUGACAAAUACAACACUUACCUUUAAAAUCUCUCACCUCCUAUUAGCUUUAUUGAGUCUGCUGAUAUUUCUAAGUGUGUGUUUUUGCUAGUGUGUGAAACAUUCUACAUGAAUGUCGUUUUACUGUAAUUUUGUCAGAAUGUACAUGUAAAUUAAGCAGUGAUGUGGAUUUGAAAAUUCUAAUUGUGUGUUUUUUUAAAUAAAAUCUAUUGAAACUAAACUGAG